AAACAAAAGCACUCCGGAUGGCCGUAGUGCUCCUCGCACUACGGCCAUCCGGAGGCGCACAGAGCUUUUGGCCGUGAUAUUAUCUAUAAAAUUAUAUUAUACUAUUAUAUAUAAAACGUUAUAUGACGGAGUAACCUAGUUUCAAAGUUUAUAUCAUUUAUGCUCGGUAAUACCGGUGUAACGUGUUGACACGACUAGACGACUACUACUACAUGUUCCAAAUCUGUUAACGUAUUCUCCAUCCAUUAAAAGAGAAAGAUCAGUUAAGUCAUUAAUUCGUCUGAUAUAUACCAGCCAGCACAUACACAUUUGACUAGCAGCUUGUGCUAGCUCCCGCCUAGCAAUAACGUCAAUGGUGGAGCUCUGGCUAAUUCACCUGCACAUCUCUUUAAUACCUGAUUUCAGCACUUAGAUGCAUCCCCCUCCAGCAUCCGCUUCUUCUUUAUUCUGGCCUUUUCAGCCCCUCCUUUCUCUUUUCUCUUCUUGCCUUCCAUGAGUGCCACAACAAGCAAAAGAAAGCAACCACGAACUUGCUCGCCUUCUCUGUCUGACGCGUCUUUAGGGCCAUGCCAUUAGACGUGGGGCCGCUCAUAUAUCCCCCUACAUUUCCGAAAAUGGACUUGACCUGCAAGCUGUUUAUUGGAUAAACGCAUUUCCCAAUCCCAGGAGUCUUUGCUCCAUUCUACGUCAAUUCAAGAACAAACAUACUAAAGUAAACUGUAGUUCGUAUUAUUUAUUCAUGGCCAUGAAAGUUCUGUAACGCCUGAAUAAUGAAGAAUUAAAUGAAUUAAAAACGUAUGGGGAGUGCUGCUUGUAAAUCGUGAAAAAUGCAUUGGUGUAAUUGUGAUAUAAAGGCUGGUCUAAAUGUGAAAUUAUUAAUGUGUGAUUUCGGUGUUUGAAAUGCAACCGCGAUUUGCAUAGGAGAGGUGUUAAUAGUGGGGGGAGAGCAACAGGUCACUCUCAGGCUAAACCUAAUGGCCUCUUGACAUUAACGUUGACAGUAUUAACCUAACACCCCUGAUGGUUAAAUGCCUCUUUUUGUAUAUUGGGUAAAAAAACCUCUAAUUUGCCGAAAUUGAGUGAUAGGUUAUACAAUUAAGAAUCGCCUCCUACGCCGGGCUGUUCCCACCCAUGGUGACGGCCGUCGCCAGGCGUAGGUUGUGCGAGGGCUCCGCGUCUUCCAGGGGGCUGGACGACGCGCUGGUGGGGUUCGGGGUGCAUUCGCACCGGACCUACAAGUCCCUGUAUGGCGCGCGGGACCAAGAGAGUCGAACCUAUGUGGCUUGGGUCAGGACGCAGAAGGUGGGAGCUACUGCGUCAAGGAUGGGGACCCUGAAGCAGUAUGUGCUGGCCCGGGACGCUGAGCCCACAGCAGCACCGGAGCCAGGACAUGUCCUCCCACGGCCAGGUGUCUCCUACUCUGACCCGGCCGACGCAGAACUGCUCGCCGCUGCCAACGAGGUCGACCCUCCCAGCAUGUCCAGGGACGCCCCGCCAGCCGCGGCCCCGCUGGAAGGACCAGCACCAGGUCCAGGACCGAUGGCCACGAGGCCUGCCUCCGGCAAAGAGCUGCUUCCCCUCAGCUGGAGGAAGACGCUGCCUGAGGAGCAGCAGGAGUGGGUUGGCCGGGUGCUGUUCCGCAGGGACCCCAGCAGUGGGAAGGCUGUCCUCACCACACCGCCCCGACUGUGGUGGUACCCGCCAGGCGCCCGGCUCCUCUACACUCAGCCCCCCGCCACAGCCCACGCCUUCUUCCAGCGCCCCUUCUUCCUCUGGCUUCCGUAUCGGAUGUGGGCGUACCACUCCAAGUGCCCCGCCGAUGGGGGUAAGCUGAUGGGCGCUGGCCUAUACAAGACCGUGCGGAGGGUCUUGGACAGGAGCGGGUGGUAUUACAUGGCCACAGAGUGCCUUCAGUGCCCCUCCUGUGGCAAGAAGGUGGCGGGCUGGUCCCAGGACAUCCUGGAGCAGCUGGACGUUGCUCACCGCGAGCAAUUCCCGGCCGUUCUGACCUACAAGUACGUCACUUUUAGUCAUUCUGCGUUUACCCAGCGUAUUGUCGCUCGUGGUUAA